UCUCUCUCUCUCUCUCUCUCUCUCUCUCCCUUAUUCCUUUUUGGAUUGCUGGGCUGUUCCCUUUUGCAUUUUCGGCCCAGGCGUCUGAUUACAAGUAAAGAGCCACUGAAGUUGAUCUCAUAAAAAUGCCGCGAGCUCACUUUGAUCUGCGCGGACUGGGUCCGAGCCUAAGUAGGCGCUAAAGCUGGAGAAUGGCGGCUUGGGCCAACUGGGCCUCUGCUGGGCCGAGAGGUCGGAGAUCCGGGUGGCCCAGCAGGGCAGUCCUGCCCGGAAGAGGCAUUUUCUGUGCUGCUGCAACUGGGUUUGGAAACCAAGGUCCAGUGGUAGCGGCUCCAUUUCCAGACUGCUUUUAAGACAUUUCCUUCAUUUUAGAGCACUUGGUGAGGGGUCCAGUGAAACUGGCUCGUAAAAUGGGGCUUUUAUGGGGAGAAAUGGGGUCUCGUUGCUAGCCUCCAGGGACAAUCCCUCCGUGGAGGAAGGAGGGUGGGGCUGCGGGGGGCAGAGGGGCUGCCCUUGUCCCUCCCCAUCCUGUCCAGGGGCCAGAGGAACCUCAGGGCAUCUUCCUCUUAGGUGGCCUGACCUGGGACCUAGGGCUUUGGGGGCUGAGGAGAAAUGGGGGCUGAGAACUGACAGUGCUUUUUCCUUCUAGUUCCCUGGCUGGGGAUGGGAGUUGUCCCGGGAUGCAGAAUAAACCACUGGCCUGAAAAUCCCCAAGCAUAUUAAAGGGAUUAUUAAACUCAGCGGCAUUGCUCUAAGGGAGAGAUUUGUGCAAAAAAGAGCAAUCCUUGCCGGCUCAGCCUUGAACCGCUGAGGGUAUCCACCCGCUGACUGCUUAUCUUUUUAUUGACUGCACUGGGGACUGGACUUAUAGACCAGAGCGCUCUAAGGGCCCCCUUUCUCCAAUCUGGGUUUCCUCCCAGUUUUAGGUCUGUGGAUGGAGCCCCUUUCCCUACAAUAAGCUACUCUUUCCAGAGCAGCCGCACGAGGUGGACAAGCUGCAAGGAAGCCCAGUACUGGGGGGGGGGGUUUGCUGAGUGGGAUCUGGACAAUACGAACCCCCUUCUGAAGCAGCCCCUGGUGUCUCUGUGUGGAAGGGAAUGGUGCUGCCUGCCGCCGCCCUGGCCAAAGUACUGGGGCAGCUACCCAGCCCGCAACCUGGCUGCCAGGCAGGCAGGCGAUGCUGACUGAGGCCACCCAGAGCCAGUGGGGCUGGCAGGAUGGCCCUGCCCAGGAGGAUUUCAGGUGAAAGCUGGGAUUGUAGUAGGUAGAGAGGCCACUAGGCCCCUGUGAGAUGAGGGGGAAAAGCCACCUGCACGCCAUGGAAUAGGGCUUGCCGGGACUCUGGGGAACUGAUUUUGGAGCUCACAUCUUUGGGAGGGUGGCACUGAUACCCGAGGAGGGCAAGCUGGGCCAGACAGCUCAACCUAUGCUUCAAAGUGGCCCGGAUCUGGGGCUGGGCAGGGAGGCUGCUCCCCCAAGCUGGGGGCAUUUUUGCCAAUCAGUGCCUCCCUGACCUCAGGAGCCCAGCCUUUUCUCCUUGACCCCAGCAGCAACGUUCCUGGGAUUUUUUUUUUUUUAAUGUUGUUGAAAAAUUAAAACUCAGACCCAAACUAGAAAAAAAAAUUUCUUGAACUUUGUGUCUUACUUUGGGGAGAAAAAUAUUAAUGUUCAGAAGCCUCUGUUGGGAGACCCUAGAGGUUCCUGAACAUUGAUUCCUUCGACAUUUUUUUUUUUUCUUGCCUUUCUUUUUUGUUUCAAGGAAAUAGAGCCGCCAGCAGCUCCUUGCAGCCGCCUGGCUCACUUUUAUGGUGGCCCUGGAAUAAACUUUGGUGGUCAAAUUCAAGUGCUCAGGCCCACAGCUGUCUCCUCACAGGAAGCGCACCCCCUCCCCACUGUCGGCCCUGGCUGGUGCAGAAUUUGCCCUGGGGGCUUGGGCCCCACAAGGCCCUGGAGGCCAGGAUGGAGGAGGAAGCCCGGCCCUGGAGGGAGGUGGGGAAAGCCAGAGCUGAGACUGAACUCUCAUCCACACCUCUGCAAGGCGUAGGGGUUCCUAUCACUGUUUGGGGAACAUUUUGCCUCCAAUAAACUGGAGUUUAAUGAGGAGAGCACGAACCCCAUAAAAGCCAUAGUCCAUAGUUCUUCAUCAUUAUAAUUAAAAACGCUGGCCCCAGCUCACCCUAUAAAAAGGGGUAGAGAAAAGAGGAAAAGCAACAGAUUUUUUUUUUUCUUGAAGCCCACUCUUUAGCAAGGCCCCAAUCUACAUCCUCUUUGCCCCUAGUUAAGAUCUGGCCAGGACCAAAGGAGGGCUUGGGAAACAGCACCCAGCAGUGAAUGGUUAGAGGGGUGCUGGAGGCCUAUCCCUGGGUAAGCCAGAGCCACCUCAAGAAUGGGGUCCAUGGCCAAGGUGGCGCCAACACAGGUGUUGCUCUAAAGCAAAUCUGAGGUGUCAGGAGGGUUGAGAAAGAGUGAUUUUGGGGGGGCGUAUUUGGGGGGCAAGGUACCAUUUUUUGUGUCUUCCCCAUCUGGGGACGGGACCUCAGUACCUCAUCAAGUUCAGCAAGGAAAAUGGAAUACAAAGAAUGUUGUUAAAGUGAAACCAUUUCGAACCAAGAGUGAGGGGUAAGAAGAGGUUUGAGCCAUUUCUGGCUUUUCCUAAGAGCGCAAUGGGCUGAGUCCUUGAGAGCUUCAGUUCCUCCCGCCAACUGGAAUAGUACAGAUCACAGAUCACGCCCAGGUGGCUCCUCCGUGGAUGCAAGUUUGCUUUCUGCUCCCGAGCAUUUGCUCUGGUACCCAGUCCAGAACCUUUCAAUAAACUGAUUUUCAGCUGCCCAGAUGUGUUCUGUGGUGCCCAGAGGGAUGGGAGACAAAGGAGGGCAGAACCACUGAGUCCCCCCUCUGGGUCUCAGCCACCCAGGAGGCUGGCAGAGGUAGGGGAGGGAAGAGCAGCGCUGAGAAGAAGAAAUGAGGCCCCAAGGCCUGGCUGCAGCCCCUGGGGAGUGGGGAUAGGGGCUGGGGGUUUCCACUAGGGAGUGGCCCCUGGCCCAGCCCUGCCUGUCCAAGGUCCUUAGCUUCCUUUCACUGCCCAGCUGGUCUAUCUCAGAGACCUAUACCUGACCCCACUGUCCACCUUACGGCCCCCAAAUCAUCCAAGGACAUGAGCCCCAAACCCAGCCCCCCCCCCAAUGACCUUCCAAGUCACUGGGCUUCUUGUCAGCGCACAAGCGGAGGCUGAGCCCUCAACCCAAAGCCAGCCCCCUCCCCAACAGAGAAGAUACAGAGCUCUCAUUCCAACCUUUUUCUUGGAGGUUUGAGAUUUAAAAAUCCACAGUGGAUGUAGCUUUCUGCGCAUUGAUUGACAAUAAAGGCAGGCAUGAAAUAUUCACCCAGGGCCACUCUCUCAUACUAAAUAUUUAACACAACAUUAGAGAAGGUUUUUCCCAGACUUCGCCAGGCACCGGCUGGGCGGCUGGCUCACUGCUUGCCACUGUUUAUGACUAAUCUGAGUCCCUUGCCGCCGGCAGCACAGCAAGCCAGACAAAGUUGGGACACUGGCUUGCUGCUGGGCUGCCUCACCUUUGGGAAACUUCUGAUACUCUUCCGGGGAGUCUCUUCAAAGGGGGAAGGGAGUCUCCAUACCCAGCCCUGGACGGAAGAAGAAUCGAGUUCUUCAAACUCUUGCAAACGGGCACUGGACCCCUUCGGGCUGGUGGGGUAAGAGUCCCUGAGAGCUGAGGGGAAAGGAUUCGCAUCUCUGGCAGAGUCAGGCAGUGGAGAAAGAGGUCCUUAUCCCUAGCCCAGUCUUGGGCUGAUCACAGGGAGGAGGCAAGACCCCCCAUAUGCGAGAACCCUCCUCCUUCUCCCAAUCCUGGGGAAAGAAAAAAAAAAAAAAGCAGCAGCUAGAAAAAAAAUACAAUUACCCCCUCCUAGCCACCGCCCCCGCCCAUCCCACCGCCCACCCCACCCCAAUCCUCUCUCUCCUCCUUUGCUCGCUCUGUGGAAUGGAGAGGAGGGGAGUGUCGAGAGAAAAACGAAUACAAAUCUGCAAUUGAUUUUCAUAAUGUUUCUGCGGUGUUUGCAAACCAAUCGCCUGAACGUCCCCAUCUUACCUAAGAGAGAACCCCUCCUACGCCUGCGAAGUGCUCCGAACUGAUAUAUGACAAUAUCUACUUUGGAUCACGUGCUCGGGGAGAGAGACUAAGACGGAUAACGCGUCAUCUCGCCUUCCCAAAUUUUCCCCCCUCGCUAGACCGGGUCCAAAACCUCCAUCUGGAGCCGGCAGGAGAAGAGAACGAUGUUUAACUCGGUCAACCUGGGCAACUUCUGCUCGCCGUCGCGCAAGGAGAGGGGCGCUGAUUUCGGCGAGCGAGGGAGCUGCGCCUCCAACCUCUAUCUGCCCAGUUGCACUUACUACGUGCCCGAGUUCUCCACGGUCUCCUCCUUCCUGCCCCAGGCCCCCUCUCGUCAGAUCUCCUAUCCCUACCCGGCCCAAGUGCCCCCGGUCCGGGAGGUCUCCUACGGCCUGGAGCCCUCCGGCAAGUGGCACCACCGGAACAGCUACUCCUCCUGCUAUGCGGCGGCCGACGAGCUCAUGCACCGGGAGUGCCUGCCUCCUUCCACCGUCACCGAGAUCCUCAUGAAAAACGAAGGCUCCUACGGCGGCCACCACCACCCCAGCGCCCCGCACGCCGCCCCGGCCGGCUUCUACUCCUCGGUCAACAAGAACAGCGUCCUGCCUCAAGCCUUCGACCGUUUCUUCGACAACGCCUACUGCGGCGGCGGCGACGCGCCGGCCGAGCCCCCCUGCCCGGGCAAGGGGGAGGCCAAGGGGGAGCCCGAGGCGCCCCCGGCCUCGGGACUGGCGGCCCGGGCUGAGGCAGGGGCCGAGGCCGAGGCCGAGGAGGAACACACGAAUCCCAGCUCGUCCGGUUCAGCCCACUCGGCGGCCAAGGAGCCGGCCAAGGGAGCCGCCCCCAACGCCCCCCGCACCCGCAAGAAGCGCUGCCCUUAUUCGAAAUUCCAGAUCCGGGAACUGGAGCGAGAGUUUUUCUUCAACGUGUAUAUCAACAAAGAGAAGCGGCUGCAGCUGUCCCGGAUGCUGAACCUGACGGACCGACAAGUGAAAAUUUGGUUUCAGAACAGAAGGAUGAAAGAAAAAAAACUAAGCAGAGACCGGCUGCAGUAUUUCUCGGGAAAUCCUCUGCUGUAACCGCAGACCGGGCCCUUUCGGGGAGGGGGGAGGGAAGGGGGAGAUUAUUUUAUUUUAUUUUAAGUUUUUAUUUUCUAACUCGCCUCCUUUCCGCGGGUGGAAAACUGGACUGUGGCCAGGGCUGGCCCCCACUGCCGUUUGCCCGCACUUCUUUCUGGAACCUCCUUCACCUUGGUCUGACUCCAUGUGGGACAGGGACCGGGCCUGGAAAGGGGGGUGAAGGAAAGUGUCUGACCCACGGCGAGUGGACACCGUUGGCGCCGAGGCCAAGACUCUUUAUUUAAAAGAAAACACACCUCGCGACAACGUCUUGCUGCUCGGAUUGGGCGGGGGAGGGGCGAGAGUAGUGGCCGCCAGAAGCGAACAAUCCUUGAACUAAAAGCCUUGCCCAAGUGGGAAGAUCUGCUAGGACACCGCGUCUUCCAGGGGAGACGGCCAGGGGCUCCCCGCCCCUAUCCCACCUCGCCCCACUGCUAGGGGGCAGCUAAAUGUGAUCCCGCCUUGCUGUGAAAUUUCUGUUCCUUUGACCUGGUGUUAGGUGUGCCACGUCCAUGUCCUACCUCCGUCUGCGCCCAGGCCCCGCCCGAGCCUAAAGUUGUUCUCCCCUUGAGCGUGUAGAGCCCUCCUUUGAAAUGUCUUAACUGGUGCAUUGAGGUUUCCUAACCUUUUUCCAAGCUGUGCCCCACUCCAUGAAUUUAUAGCUAUAGUCUAUGCAUUUGUUACCACUUUUGUUAAGGCAAAAAAAAAAAAAAAAAGGUUGGGGUGGAAGAGGCAGUAGGGAGAUAGGGAUUGGACACCUCCUCCAUGCUGGGGCCUGAAUUUUUGUAAAUAAAUUUCACAAGCGUUUCUUUCUACCCGGAGGGGAUGUGGGGUGGACUCGCCUGGAAUGAGAUUCGAAUCACCCGUCUCCAUGUGCGUGAGUGCGUGUGUACGUGUGCAAUCCCCACCGUGCUCUCGUCCCAGAGGGAUUGCUGUGAAUUUUUUUUUUGUGGCAAAUAAAGAUAUUUCAUUCUGUUCAA